AUGGAAGUGGUGAAGCAUUUGAAGGAGGGCGUGGAGGAGGUGCUGGAAGAGGCGGCGUCGUUAAGGCGGCGGCUCCGGCUUCCCCGACGUCACAGCUCUAGCUUUAGUAGUUCUUCUGCUACUGAUGAUGAUAGUGUAGACGUAAAGCCUGUGACUGAAACUGAAUGGCUAAAUGACGAACAUGGGGAGGACAACGAAAGGAGUGCUUUCUUUAACAAGGAUGAAGGUACUACUCAAAUUGAAUGGUCUCUUUUAGCGAACAGUCUCAAAGUUGAUGACUUGAGUGAGCAAUUGAAGAAUGUAGACAUUCAAAAGCUUCUAAAAGCUUUCAUCGAGGGUCAAGCUGAGAAAAAUAUUACUCUUCCAGUGUCUGACCAGCCAUGGGAAGAGCAGAUCACAGAUUGGAAGCCUUUAAAUCAAGUAGGGACUGAAACAGUGAAUACUGACCCGACCCAAGAAACUGAAGAGGAAGUUACAGAAUUAGAAUUUGCAGUAGAGAAGAUACAUACCCACAAUGUGUAUUGUCCUAAUUGCAAAUCAGGCAUUACAAAGGUUAUUCUUCGCAGAAGAACACAAGUACACCCGAUUCCAUCUCCAGUUAAUAUUCCAGAUCAUGAGCCUGUGGGUCUUCUUGGAUGCUUAUCAUGCCUAAGCAUUUUCAUCCCUAGAGGGAAUAGUCUUAAUCCAUUCAAGAUUUUUGGAAACAGAAGAGACGAUGAACAACCACAAAUUCCACAACAGACACCCGAGGCAGACACAGUUAUUUCCUCAUCUGCUGUGGCAGAUGAUCAAUCAGUGAAUAAGCUAGGGGAAUGCUUUAGUCUGUUUUGGAUUUUUGGAAAGAGAAAAGAGGAAGAAAGCGCACCAAUUUCUCAACCUACAUCUUCUGAGCAAGUCUACAAUGUAGUUGCAAGUGACUUGCCACCCAAACCAUUGGAACCUGGAAAAUACCCUGAAGCUUAUCCACCAGAAGGAUGUACACAGCCAGAAGAAGUAAUAAUCGACGUAGAAGGGAAACCAGAAGCUAGUGUGCCAUUACCACCUGUACAAGAACUGCCAGUCGGACCAGGACCCCUCCAGGGCUCUCAGGAUGUAGUUGAUGCAGCAAGACCAAUAUAUUCACCUGAAAGAGAAGGUUCUAAAUCAGUAGAGAUCAUCAAAAGCAUUGUUUAUGGUGGUUUAGUGGAGUCAAUUACAAGCCUAAGUGUUGUGUCAUCUGCAGCAGCUUCUGAU